AUGGCCGCCAUGUACCCUCUGCCCGACGACUUUUUCGUGGUGCCGCCGCUUACGACUGCGACGACGGCGUGGUUUUCCGACUAUGGCGAGCGCACUCUGCGGACGAUGCUCGACAAGAUCCUCAAGAAGGACCCGACGAUGCAGUGGAACUACGUCUGCGACGUCGACGGCGUCCGUGUCAUGGAAGGCGAGGUCAAGGGCCUCAAGCUCGACAAGAACACGAUUCCAUUCCGUGUGUACGGCAAGAUCACAGCGACGCUCGAAGAGGUUGCGGCGCUCCACGACUUUAGCACGCGCGAAAAGUGCCUCCACCACCGCAAGCACUUUGCCGAAGACACGCUCGACUCGCACACGCUCUACAAUGUCAUUCCGCGCACGGAAGAGAAUGCGUUCAAGCAAAUCUACGUGCGCUGGGUCGCGGUCCAGAGCCCCGUCGCGAUCAUCAAGGACCGCGACUUUGUGUUUGUUGAGAGUCAAAACGACUUCAAGUUUACGUCCGGUCGGCGAGGAUGGGCGUAUUGCCAGACGUCGCUCAACCACACGGGCUGCGUGUACAUGGAGACAGACCAGCCCGGCGUCCUGGACGUCGUGUAUCAUAUUUCGUACGAUUUCAAGGGUUCGAUGCCGACGUGGGUGCGGAAGCUCGCGGUCAAGAACCGCGCGCGGACCGUCAAAUUGACGGCCGACCACGUCCACCAGCUGCGCCUGAACUCGCAGCUCCAGCGCUCGAUGAGCUCGUCGUCGUCGUCGGUCUCGACCGAGGUCGAAUCGGUCGUGAGCACGGCGACAUCGGUGUUUUCGACCGCCGCCGCCAAGCGCUGCGUGCACUGCAACGCGUCGUUCCGGUUCCGAAAGAGCUACCAGUGCCAAUCUUGCAACGAAUCCGUGUGCUCGUCUUGCAGCCAAAAGUGGAAGCUGCCGAGCGGCAACGGGACCAGCGUCCGCGUCUGCGCGACGUGCUCGGACGCGGUCCGGAACGGCUGGGAAGGCUCGAGCGUCUGCGCGACGCCAGCCUCGGACAUCUCGUCGCACGCCGAGGCCCGCCAGAGCCUCUUCAAGGCCAGCUCGUCCUCCAACGUACUCGAGACGUCGCCGGCGCGCCUCCGGAUCGACGUGUCGCAGAGCGAACCCGUGCCGGCGCGCCACCGCCAGAGCUCCAUCUCGAGCGCGACGGGACGCGGCAGCGUUGCGCUUGGCCUCGAUACGCUCGACCUCUCGUACCUCACGCUCUACCACGACCCGAACAAGGGUCGUACCAACUCGCUGGACGAAGAGAGCAGCCAAGUGUCGGGCCUCUCGUCGGAGCCCAACUCACGCAAGUGCAGCAUGGACGUCGAGGACGACCCGGCCUUUGAAAAGUUCCUCGACCACGUCAACCGCCACUCGAUGCGCCUCUCUCUCUAUGUCCGCGAGUCCCAGUGCAGUACGUAA